AUGUCCUCACCCAAAAACCAGAUCCCUGAUCUGGAGGCAGCCCGGACAAAGAUUGAUCUCCAAACCAGUCUCUUCUUUGUAUCAAAUGUGCAUUGCGCGUCAUGUGUGGCAUAUAUCAACGAAGUGCUCUCCGAGACUCCCACCGUCAAAGAUAUCGAAGUCACAAUCUUGACGCAUGAAGUACGUGUCAGCCAUGCCGCCACCAUUCGGCCGGGCGACCUCGUCAGCGCGCUGAUUCAUGCAGCAUUCGAGGUUCAAUACGUCACGACCUUUGAUAAACAAGGAAGCAUCGUCUCGGAACUCGAUACUUCUACUUGGAACCACCGCGGCUCCACGGUGUUCUCCUCGCCACGAACCUCUGUCUCUAGUAUCUCAUCCAACAUCAAAGAUCGACUCCAGACUAGCAGACAAAAAAGGCACAUCGCCAAUUGUGAUGCGUGUAGAAAGGAAGAAUUAGAAAGCUUUUCUCGCCCUUCUACCUCUUGGACGGAGCUGAGCUCAUUGCCCGAGAAGUCUUCGCACGUUGCCUUUCAACCAGUAAGCAAGAAUUAUGAACAUGCAUUCAGCGUCGAGAAGCUUGGAACGACACUGGAGACUGCUGCGCAGGACAGUUUACGCUCAUUCAAUACCUGCGAAACGAAAGUCCAAUCCAAUGUGACCCCCAUUUCGUCCACUGAACCGGCCGAUGAGUUCAAUGCACAAGUCAGUAUUGGAGGAAUGAGUUGCGCGUCAUGCGUCAACAGCAUCACCGCACACAUCCAGCAGCUUGAGUUCGUGAAGGACAUUACCGUGAACCUUCUCACCCACAGUGCAACAGUGAUAUAUACUGGGCCUCGCAAGAAUGUGGACAACAUUGUUGAGCAAAUCAAUGAUAUUGGAUUUGAAGCAUCUCUUGAUGAGGUCAGUGCAGUCUUCAAGCCCCCAGUAUCCAUAGAGCCAGCAGCAAAAUACGUGAGUGAGAUUGCAAUCACCGGCAUGACCUGUGGUUCUUGUGUCGGAGGUGUGACCCGAGGGCUAGACGAGCUUCCCUUCGUACACGAUGUAUCUGUGAAUCUGCUCUCUCAUAGUGGGAGGGUGGAGUUUGAAGGCAGAGACAAUCUCAACAGAAUCAUAGAGAGGAUUGAGGACCUGGGAUUCGAGGCUACUGUCAACAGCGUCUCUCCGGUGAAAGAAAGCUCAGAAAAGCUCCGUACUGCCUGCGCCAGAACGAUCUCUAUACGAGUGGAUGGAAUGUUUUGUCAUCAUUGCCCACGAAAUGUUUUGGAUGCAGUGAAAUCGCUUCCUGGUAUUUCCAUCGAGGAAGAACUGUCCGAGAAGGACCCUGUCCUAAAAGUCAGUUACACACCACAGCCACCUUCAAUCACAGUUCGCUCAAUUAUCUCGGUGAUACAUUCGGUAAACGACAACUUCCGUGCCACUGUUCACCAUCCGCCGAGUCUUGAAGACCGGUCUCGUGCAAUUCAGCAUCAUGAACGCCGCCGGCUGUUGGCAAGACUGCUAUUUGUCUUUAUCAGCGCCAUUCCAACCUUUUUCAUUGGCAUUGUGUUCAUGUCUCUUGUUUCGUCUGAAAACUCGGUGCGAAUGUAUCUGGAGGAACCGAUGUGGUCUGGCAGUGUAACCCGCAUUGAAUGGGCUCUUUUCAUAAUGACAACUCCUGUUAUGUUCUACGGUACCGAUGUGUUUCAUAUCCGCGCCGUGAAGGAAAUAUAUGCUCUAUGGCGGCCUGGAAGUCGGGUGCCGAUCCUUCGAAGAUUCUACCGUUUUGGUAGCAUGAACCUCUUGAUCUCUGCCGGCACAUCAGUUGCCUACAUCUCAUCUCUGGCGGUACUUAUCGUUGAUGCAACUGUCGGUACCAAAUCAAGCCCCCACAGCACGACUUAUUUCGACUCGGUCGUUUUCUUGACUCUUUUUAUUCUUGCGGGUCGAUUUUUGGAGGCAUACAGCAAAGCUAGAACUGGUGAUGCGGUCACAUCUUUGGGCAAGCUUCGACCUUCCGAGGCAUUAUUAGACGACGACUCUGCCGAGGAUGGAGUUGUGCGUACAAGCGUUGACCUCCUAGAAAUUGGGGAUGUCGUCAGCAUUCCCCACGGAGCCUCGCCUCCUGCAGAUGGAGUCAUCGUCGACAGCGCCUCAUACCAGUUUGAUGAAAGCUCUCUGACGGGAGAAUCACGACCAGUGAAGAAGACCAUCGAAGACAUAGUCUAUACCGGCUCAGUGAACGUCGGCCAACCGGUAAGGAUCCGUAUCACCGAGCUUGGUGGCUCAUCUAUGCUUGAUCAAAUCAUUGCCGUGGUCCGUGAGGGACAAAGCAAACGCGCACCUCUCGAAAGAUUUGCCGAUCUUCUCACUUCCCAUUUUGUUCCCAUCAUCACUCUGAUCGCUAUUUCCACCUUCAUCGUCUGGUUGGCUCUUGGUCAUUCGGGUGUGCUCCCAGCAGAGUAUCUCGAUGUCGCACAUGGUGGCUGGACGUUCUGGGCUUUAGAGUUUGCAAUCUCAGUAUUUGUAGUGGCUUGUCCCUGUGGUCUGGCCCUUGCAGCCCCUACCGCGCUGUUUGUUGGAGGCGGUCUCGCAGCGAAACAUGGUAUCCUAGUCAAAGGCGGCGGUGAAGCCUUUCAAGAAGCCAGUCGCUUGAAUGCGAUUGUCUUUGACAAGACGGGCACUUUGACUGAAGGUGGAAGCCUCAAGGUCUCUGAGCAUGAAGUUUUGCUCAGUGACCCCGACGUUGCGAAAGUCGCAUGGGCUCUGGCUCGAAAAAUGGAAGAAAGUAGCAACCACCCAAUUGCCCAGGCAAUUACCGAAUUCUGCAAAUCUCAAUUGUCUUCCUCUGUCAAGACCUCGGAUAUUCAUGAGAUCUCCGGACAGGGCAUGAGAGGAACCUUUACUGUGUCCGGCUCUGAACACGAUGAGCAAUGGGAAGCUGCGAUUGGCAACGAGCGCCUUCUGAACGGCCUUUUGUCUCCUGAAACAGACACCUACUUCGUUUCCAAUUUGCUUUCGAAAUACCAAUCAGCAGGCAAGUCAACUGCAGUUCUCUCGCUUCGUCAAAUACACCCUCAGUCUCUCGAAUCAUCGAAAUUCUUACCAGCCAUUGUCUUCGCCACCUCAGACACGAUCCGCCCAGAAGCUGUCAAUAUAAUCUCACAGCUUCAAAAGCGUCAUGUCGAUGUCUUCAUGUGCACUGGUGAUAACAAGACCACUGCUCAUGCCGUCGCUGACAUGGUGGGCAUCCCCCGUUCCAAGGUAAUGGCCAACGUCCUGCCAGCAGAGAAGGCCAACUUUGUUCGUCAGAUACAAGGACAUUCUUCGAAUAAGACACUGGCUCAUGAUGGGAACACAUCGAGUUCACGCUCAUCACGUCCCAUCGUUGCCUUCGUCGGCGACGGAGUGAACGAUUCUCCUGCUCUGGCGGCGGCAGACGUUAGUAUCGCCAUGGCAUCAGGCUCCGACGUCGCUAUCAAUUCUGCUAGCUUCAUCCUCCUAAACUCAGACCUCAGCACGGUUCUUCAGCUAGUACUGCUUAGUCGCCGCGUGUUCAAUCGUGUGCGUAUGAAUUUCGGCUGGGCAGUUGUCUAUAACCUCUGUCUAGUUCCGGUCGCCGCUGGUAUCUUGUUUCCUAUUGUCAGUGGUCAUCAUCACAAAUCUGUCGAUGGACAAAUGGUCCUGAUCAAUGAGCACUGGCGACUCAGUCCGGUGUGGGCUGCGUUGGCUAUGGCAUUGAGCAGUAUCUCUGUUGUGAUGAGUAGCCUGGCCUUGAGAAUUGACCGAGAAAGCAUUAUGGGAAUUUUCAGGAGGAAUAGAUAG